CAUGCCACGUAAGCCCCAUUCCUCUUACGCGGGGUCGUGUUAGAAAAACCCGCCGGCGAGCGAUACUACUGCCAUGCCAAGGCCGAAGCUUUUAAAAUUGGAUCGGAAAACACAGAGGAACAGAUAUCAAAGAUUUAGGAUAAAUGGAAGAGAGGUUGAAGUCUAUCAGAGUCAUCGCAAUCACUAUCGGUGGCUUUGCGGCGGCACUCUCAAUCUUCUUCGCCGCUGCUCAGUACAGGAGACGCCGGCAGAACAACCACAAAUGCUCCCCGAAGUCGUGUUAUUUACAAGCUGACCAGACCAAGCCGCAGCACGCAUUUAAGCGAGUCUUGGCAGAUAAUUCCUACUCUCCGUUCAAGCAUUUGAAGCUCGAUGCGUCUCGUCACGAUAAUGCUUCUAGUUCUCAUCCGUAUCAGGCAGAAAUUUUUGAAUUGGUGGAGAAUCCUCGACUUGACUUCAGCUUCAUUGAUGGAAUAGUGGACUCGGAAAUGAGCAAGGAAUAUACAUGGGUUGAGACCGUGUCACAAUUGAAGGAGCUCCUUGAUGUUUUGAUCAAAGAGAGGGUUUUUGCUGUGGAUACUGAGCAGCAUAGUUUACGAUCGUUUCUAGGAUUUACAGCUCUAAUACAGAUCUCUACUCGCAAGGAGGAUUAUUUGGUGGACACGAUUGCUCUGCACGAUUCAAUGGGUGUUCUUCGCCCAGUUUUUGCUGAGCCUAGUAUUUGUAAGGUAUUUCAUGGGGCCGACAAUGAUGUUCUCUGGUUGCAAAGAGACUUUCAUAUAUACAUUGUUAAUUUAUUUGAUACUGCAAAGGCAUGCGAUCUUCUUUCAAAGCCGCAGAAAUCGCUGGCAUACUUACUUGAAACAUACUGUGGUGUUACCACAAACAAAUUGUUACAGCGUGAAGACUGGAGACAGCGACCCUUGUCGGAAGAAAUGGUGCAAUAUGCUCGAAUAGAUGCACACUAUCUAUUAUAUAUUGCGAAUUGUUUAAUCACUGAGCUCAAACAACAAGGGACUGAAAUCUCUUGUCCCGAUGACAAAUUCGAUUUUGUUCUCGAGGCCAGUAGGCGUUCAAACAUGACUUGUUUGCAACUUUACGCAAAAGAAGUUGAAGCUUUUCCUGGAGAAUCUGCUGCAUCAUCAUUAACUUCUCGUCAUUUGAAUGGUCAAGGAGCUGUUUCAUCAGUUUAUUUUAAAGCCGAGUUUCAGGACCUUGUGAUGCGAUUGUGUGCAUGGAGAGAUUUAAUGGCUCGUGUGCAUGAUGAGAGCCUAAGAUACGUAUUAUCGGAUCAGGCUAUUGUUGGUCUUGCAGACAGACCUCCAAUGACUCUGGUAGAAAUAUGUAGAACCAUAACUCAAGCUGAUUUGAAUGUGGAUUUGAGUUUCAACUCUCUCCUUCCAUCUCCAUCCUCUGUUGUUUGCAGUCAUUUGGAUGAUGUCCAUACCCUGCUCCAGGACAACAUCAGCAACCUCGACGAUAUUUUCCCAAUGAUUCUCCAAAAGUGCCUUGGUCCAAGUGGGAGUUGUCCACUUUCUAUUUUAAAUUAUGCUUUACUGGUUAACUGUAAUCUAAAAGUGUCUUUAGUAUCCAAACAAAACAUGGUAAAAAGUUCAAAGCAAGUUGCUCGAAAGACUUCUCGAGAACUGUUUGUUCAAAAGUUCUCCUGCAAAUCUCCGGUUUAUCAUAAUUGCAAAAUCUUUGCAAAUGAUGGACGGUUACUUUGUUACUGUGACCGCAGGAAGCUUGAAUGGUAUCUCCAUAGAGAGUUAGCUAAGCUUGUUGAUGACAAUCCACUUGCCAUUAUGCUUCUUUUUGAGCCCAAAGGUCGUCCAGAAGAUGAAGAUAAUGAUUUUUAUAUCCAAAGUAAGAAAAAUAUAUGUGUUUGCUGUGGCGAAGGAAAUCACUACUUGCGCUACAGAAUAAUUCCUUCGUGCUACAGAAUACACUUUCCCGAGCAUUUGAAAAGCCACCGUUCUCAUGAUAUUGUCCUGCUCUGUGUGGACUGUCAUGAAGUUGCCCAUGCUGCUGCUGAGAAGUAUAAAAAACAGAUUGCUGCAGAAUUUGGAAUUCCUCUAUUUGUUAGUAAAGUGGUUGAUUCAAAACAAGUCCAAGUUAUUUCCGGAUCAUCCGAGUCAGAAACAAACGAUGAGGAGGUGGGAGUACCCCCUUUACAAUUGAGAACAGCUGCUAUGGCACUUUUGCGCCAUGGAACAAAAAUGCCAUCCAAGCGCCACGAAGAACUGACGCAGAUUGUCAUGCGUUAUUAUGGAGGAAGAGAGAUAACUGGGGCAGACUUGGAAGCAGCUUUGCUAGUUGGCAUGAGCCCCCAUGAAAGAAGGCGACUUGAAAAGAAGAAAAGGAUAUCUUUUAAGGAUUCUGCAAGGAGCAUCCUUCCAAAUAUGCAGAAUAAUAUGGGCAGUACGGAGACAUCUUCCAUUGUGGAUGCAUCAGAAGUUGGUAUUCUAAAUAGUUCUGACAGCACUAAAGCAGAAGCAUGCAAUGGACAACGAGAAUUCAGAAAAGCAGAUGCUGAUGGAGGUGACUCUACUAUUGGUGCUGACUCAGGUGUUGAUGAAGAAGUCAAUUAUGCUUUUAAAGAUGGCGUUAAGUCUGACACACAUGGAGCAUCUGAUAUAAAAGGUGACUGCAUUGGAAAUUCUGAUGACAAUUUUGAGAGUAGGGGCCCAUCAAACGGAACGGUUGAGUUGAAUCAUAAGAAAUAUGAUGGAACUCCCCAAUCUAAGCAUAAUUCCAAAUUAUCAUUGUUAGGACAUGGGCCGCAUGGGAAACAAGUUGUAAAUCAUCUGCUAAAGGAAUAUGGUGAGGAUGGUGUUCAUCAAUUCUGUCAAAGGUGGAGACAAGUAUUUGUCGAGGCUCUUCAACCUCGUUUCUUACCUGCUGGCUGGGAUGUAAUGCACAGGAUUUGAUCAUGGGCAAUGUUUCUGGCAGUGGUAGGCGUGACUUCGGUGAAUUUAGUGUAUACAAUCCUGCCAACAAAGCUUCGGACGUGGUUAAGAGUUAGUCUGUACAUUUUGUGAUGCUGGGAUGAUGUCUUCCAUGCGGUUGCUGCGAUCAUUGGACUUCUAAAUUCUAACGCUGGUGUUGAAUGACAUUAUUUCUGUUUCAGUGCUUUAUGAUCAUUUUUCUGAGUUUCCAGUUGAGUUAGGGGUGAGUAAGAAUUUCCUUGUUAAAUCUCUGUGUUUUCCAUUCUUCUAUUACUUGUUUUUUCACAUGAGGAAGAAAGAGAGAAUUUUUCGA